AUGAAUCAAUCUAGUGUUCAUCUUCUUGAUCUACCUAAUGAGAUGUUAUUUAAUAUUUUGAAGAAACUUGACAAUGUUGACGUUCUCUAUUCAUUAGCUGGUAUUAACAAUGAACGACUUGAUAGUAUAACACGAGAAGAGACUUUUUCUAAAAUCCUCAAUUUCUCAUUAGUUAUUCGUAAUACUAAAAUAAUUGAUGCAGUACUUGAUCGCUUUUGUAAUUAUAUAUUACCUCGAAUUCACUACAACGUGAAGUGUCUCAUUGUUGAACCCACGUCCAUGGAACGUAUACUUCUUGCUACUGAUUAUCCAAAUUUGACUGAAUUGAAAAUAUUUAAUUUUCAACGUGACAGUUCGUUACGUUAUUUUAAAGAUGAUUCAUCUCUUCGAUAUAUCUUCAAAAAACAGAUUACAAAACUUGAUCUCAUCAAUAAAGAUUGUGAGGUUGCAGUAGGAUCAUGGGACACUUAUACAAAAAUUGUGUAUGCACAUAUUUUGACUUACUGCGAAAACUUGGAACAUUUGAAGAUUAUUGCAACACCAACUACUGAAUAUCCAGGCUUUGUAAUAACUAUUACUGAUUGUCUUUAUUUACUUGAUGGUCGUCUCAAACAAUUGAAUACAUUUAUCGUUCGAAUUUAUUGUACGGAAAAGAAUUCAUCAAUUGUUCACAACACGGAUGAUCUACCUAAUCUAAAGUGUUUUUCAUUAAUACAGUAUGAUUUAAUUGAAGAAUAUGAUAAUAAAAUUAUAGCUCUUCUUCGUCGUAUGUUAUACUUGGAAAAAUUAACUUUAUAUUUGCGUAUCGCUUGUGAAAAUGUAUUUAUUGAUCCAAUUCGCCUUAUAAAUGAAUUUUCUACGUAUUCGCCACGACUUCAUUCAUUCAAGUUUUAUCUUAGUACUGAACAUAAUAUAAAUGAUUUAGUUUGUUAUUUGUCCAAUAAUGAUAUUAAACAAAAUUAUAUGAAUAAAGGAUAUCAAGAAGUAUCGAAUAUUGUUUGUUUUGCUGUUGACAGAGCUACAUAUCAUAUUUUUACGCUUCCUUUCGAAUUUAUGUGGCUCUUAUCUAUUGGUACUAUAUUUCCAAAUAUUGUAUUCAAUAAUGUCAUCGAAUUAAGUGUACAUGAUGUGGUUCCAUUUGAACAUAAAUUCUUUUUACGAAUAGCUAAAGCUUUUCCAUUGCUGAGAAAUUUUUAUGUUUCUGAUUUGUCAUCACUGUCAUAUAAUGCGAAGAAAUCAUCUGACAACAUUCUAUCAUAUCAAAUUGUUGAAUAUCCAUAUCUCACUUUACUUGACAUUGCAAGGACAAAUACUACUUAUGUCGAACAAUUUCUAAAUGAAACCAAAACACAUCUACCUUGUCUAACUGAAUUACGCGUUGGAUAUGAAGAUUUAAGAAUUAUUACAGAAGAUUUCACAAGAGAAGUAACGCGACGCAAUUGUAUCAAUGUCACACGAUUAAUUACUCGAAGGCAAAUUGUUGGUUCGAAAGACUUCUACAUUUAUUUUCCUCUGCUGUAG